UUGAUACAUGUACUCCAUUCUGUAACUGACACCAUAGAAAGAGGGAAAGACAAACUGAAAAGGCUGACUGACUCACGGGGAUCCAAUCCAUGCCGCACACAGUGUGACAGUUCACAGCUGACAACACCACCACUAGACCAAAAGGUCCUGGACUCACCUGGCUGGGCAGUUGCGCCUGUCUGGGGCCGACAUGUCUGGUCGCGGCAGGAGACACCAGGGUAGAGACAACCCGCUGGAGUUCGUGCAGCAGUGGCGGGAACGCUCGCGGCAGGAGCUGGUGACGCUGGCAGACGGGCGGGUGGUGACUCAGGAGGAACAUCUCCAGUCACUGGACACAGACAGGAGACAGGAGCUGGAACAACUGCGCAGGGAGGCAGAAUAUCUCAUGUACAUCGGAGGUCUACCUGAAGAAGACUUCCUGCUCCUGAGACAGCAAGGCAUGCUGGGAGAUCGUCGAAAUACAACCCCAGAAGAUCUAGAAGCCAGACGUCAGCAGCUGAGGACACAGCCAACCAACCAGCCUGCCACUCAGUCAGCAACCAAUCAGCACACACCUGGUCAACCAGCAGCCAAUCAGCAUGCAGCUACCCAGCAAGCCCCAGUUACCAGAAUGCAGUUGAGGCCGAGGCAAACUGCCCAGCAGUCGUCACCACGAGAGGCCGGCCACAGUAGUCAGGACAGCGGACACCGGCGCGUGUCAGGGUCCAGGGGUGCCGCAGCGCGCAGAAGGAGCAACAGGCCAGCUUCAGCCACUGUCACAAACAGAACAAGGAAUAACACCAGUGAUACAGGUAACGACGCGUCAGAAGAAGCUUCCACCAGUGGUACGACCAGCACGUCCACGGGGAGUCGGCAGGGGCGCGGGCGGAGAAGACGGCCGACCUCCGCCACCGUCAGCAGGUCCACACAGGCCGGCCGGACGGGCGCGCGCCCGCCACGCCCCACAACAACCUCCGCAGGUCGCAGGUCAAGUUCACAGCCCAGCAGAGGGGCGGGGUCCGUAAACCGCCCCAGACGACGCCUCACGGGGCGGAGAAGGGUCAGACCGCGGGAAGGCUCCGGAGCCUCGGCCUUCCAACAGCAGCUGGACAUGCUGGCCUAUCAGCUGUUCCUCAGGUCAUUCCUGGAGGAGGACACCAUGGAGGGCUCGGACUCAGACUCCUCAGACUUCAGCGACUCCUGGGACGAGGACUAUGACUCAUGGGAAGACUUCUUGGAGGACGAGCUUUCCGACGAUGAGUCGAGCGACUCUUGGGACGGGUUUCUUGAGGUGAUGGGGAUGUUUUCUCCCCGAGAUGCGGAGAUGUGGGGAGAUGUGGAGGGGGAGGAAGAGGAGGCACCGCGAGGACUGACCAAGGAUGAGAUUGCUCAGCUCCCGUGUAGAAAGUUUACACGGCAGGGCGGCCAGCAUCUCACUGGUGAGGGAAGUGAAGACUCCUGUACCAUCUGUAUGGUAGAGUACAAGACAGGAAACAAACUCAGGAGGAUGCCAUGUGCUCAUGAGUUCCACUCCAAGUGUGUUGACCGAUGGUUAAAACAGAACGGAUCGUGUCCGGUAUGUAGGCAGCAAGUGGAGAUUAGUGUUAACCCUCAAACUGCUGAGGGCCAGCAAACCAACCAGCAAGUCUAACACUGUAAUGCAUAGAAACACAUUUACAGUGAACAUCAUCUGCUACAUUUCAUUUCUACAUACUGCAGAGAUGAAGUAAAAAGUGCUGCAAGGCACAGCAAUAAUGCAGGUACAGAAUGGAAAUAACCUGGGACUACCUAAACUUAGAUACUGUAGUAGAUGACAUGUACAAUAUGUUACUAGUAUACAUGUAUUACAGACCAGUUAGCAAAGCAAAGUUGGUGAUAAGAUAGUACAUUUUUGUGUUCAUAAGAAAAGCUAUAUGUUCUAACAGAUAAAUAUACAUGAGUAUACAAUGUACAUGUAAGGUACAGUUAACACGGGGAAUGCAGGCUCUAAUCAUGUACUAAAUAGGACAGCUGUAAGGCAAAGGCUUAGAUGGAUGCUAAGGUACCCCAUGUAAGAUUUUGGUAACAAGAUGGGAAAUAUUCAGUAGAAUGAAAUGUUUAUGUCAUUAUUUCAUAUAUGCCAUGUUUCCAGUCAGCCCCCAAAAGUGGUGGUAGGUGUAAAGAUCCAGGUGUUGCAAUCUUACUCCUAAAUAUCGUCAUACUAUUUGAUGAGAACAGUUAACUUAUGCUUUAGAAAUUAUCGGAAAUCUGUUACUUCACACAUCAUUAAAGAUCCUAAUCAUAGAUUCAAAGUUAAAGAACUCAAUGCUAGGCUAUGGUCUAAACUGCUAUGAACUACAAUGUAUUAUGUGUAAAGAGAAUAACGUAGGGAUAUGUUUCAGAAGUUCCUUUUGUAUGAUACACUGUACAUGUAGUGCUUGGGCAUUUUUAAACAAUUUUAUCACAGAUAACAUGUUUGCUGCAAUAAGAGUUGUUGAUGCAAGAUACAAAUGUUACUUUGUAUAAAGGUAGAAGCCUAAAUGCCAUCUUUCUUGUGUAUGUUUGAUUCUUUAAUAUGGCAACAUGUUUGUUAGAAGUUUAUGUAGAAGGUACAUGUAUGACAACAGUGAAAACACUAGAAAGGCCGACAUUUGCUCCUGAGCAAGUACAGCAUAUUUCAUGUAUUUAAAUCCCUCCCAAUUGCAAAA